AUGUCUGCUAAAAGACUGGUCCGUAAUGACGUCCCUUCAUGUCUCCAGAGUAGCAGCGUCAUCUGGUCUGCGAAACACAAUAUCGAGCCUCGGAUUGUUGUUGUGUAUGGUCUCGCAGGAGUUGGGAAAAGUCAUUUGUGUCUGGAAUCAAUCGCAGACAAUGAGAAAAGCGUCUUCUACCUCGAUGCUAGCAAUAGAGCAUCCGCAGACACAAGCUAUACGCAAAUAUCUCAGGUUUGCAAUGUGCCAAGUGGGGGCGAUGUCGACCUGGCAGACACAAAUCGACUCACGAGGGCAUGGCUAGCCGGUCGGAAGAAUCCAUGGCUUCUUAUGAUUGACAACGCGGAUUCAUCUGGAGUUUCCUUGAAAAAUUACAUACCAACAAAGGGUCCUGGUGUCGUGAUCAUAACAACCACGGACGAACGAUUUGCUAAUCUUAGCAAGACAUUCUGCGAGGUAAAGCCCUUGGACAGGCAACAGGCCAAGAAACUGCUGCUACGCUACAAGAGAAUCGACAUGGAGCUGUGUGAGAAUGAGUCCCAGGCUGCCGAGGUCCUUGCGGCAGAUUUACUUGGUGGCUUGCCCUUGGCUAUUGCCCAAGCUGGCUCUUAUAUCUUCAACAGGAGAUGCAAGUUCACCGAAUAUUGCAAAAGCUUCACUGAGCCACCAACCCGGUCUCUCGACUACAUUUCAGAACCAAAACAAUGGCCCGGGUCUCAAAGAACUGUCUGGAAGACCUUCACCAUAUCAAUCCGUCGGAUCCAGGGUCUUUCCGAAAUGGGAGCCGGCGUAGCAGUUGAGUUGUUGCGAACAUUGAGCUUCCUCCAUCACGAAGGAGUCCCAGGGCAGCUAUUCCAGAAGGCUUGGGAGAACAUGAGCACAGCACCGACGUGGGCACGCUAUAUGUCCUUACUCAACUCCAACAGUCCUCGCUGGGAUACACUUGAGAUUCGGGCGGCAAUCAGCAUACUGCUGCGGUACAGCCUCAUGGCUUACAAGUCGCCACACAGCCAUGAGUACUCAGUCCACAGGCUCGUGCAUACUAUCUGCAGAGAAUCUUUGCCCAAGCCAGAACGAGAAAAGUACGGACUACGUGCUGUUUCUCUGCUAGCAGUUGCUAUUUCAUCAAUACAGACGUCCUUGUCAUGGAUCGAUGAUCCUUCAGGAUUCGAAUUCCAAAAAGCAAUGUUGCCACAUAUCCAGGCUUCUUUAAGGGGUCAAAUAGGGUUGAUACUUCAGGAACCUGAUAUUCAGGCCCUAGCAGCCAAAGCAUUGAUGAUCUUGCGCCUUGUCAAAUCAUGCUCGGCUGCUGGAUCUUUCUCAGACGCGCGAGCUCUUGCGAUAGAUAUCUACGAAGUCUUGAGGCAGAUGUCUGAAAAGAAUGAAGACCUAUGGGAACUUUUGCAAACGAUAGAGCAGCAAACAGCAGAGCAGUUAGCAGCGUCUGAGGCCCAUUUGGGAAAUCAUGAUAGAGCCCUUGAGCUACGUAUCAUCAUUCAUGAUCAGCUGAUCAAAAGCGGUACUGAGGGAGAGAGCUCAUGUGUGGCAAUGAUGAACAUGGCUGGUAGCCAGUGGAUGGUUGGACGAAAGCGAGAGGCUUUAUCGACAGCUGGAGAGGUCAUGAAACGUCGAGAAAGCGUUCUGGACCCGAAAGACCCACGCCUUCUUCGCACUCGACGCAAAUUGGCUGAGUACAUGCACGGGUUGAACAAGAAAAGAGAAGCCCUCAAUCUUCGUCAAAAGAUUCUACAGGACGCUGAGAAACAGGAACAAACGACCCUGGUUCAACGAAUCGAAUUUUUGGCGACCCAGAACGCAAUGGCAGACAGCUAUCAAUGGGAUGGUCAGCUUCACAAAUCAUUCAAACUACGGUCAGACGUUUAUCGAGGAAGGCUUGACAUAUUAGGAGAAGAACACCCAGACACACUCGUAGCACAAGAUAGGCUACUUGGCACUAGAACUUCCAUGGCCCCGAACAACCAGGAGAUGGAGGGUAUCUGCCGAGAGAGGCAAAAACUUGUCGAAGCUUUCACCCGUGUUUACGGAAACUACCAUCCAUACACACUUGAAGCGAAAGUCAAAUUAGGGUACUGCUAUAGUAGUAUUCGAGAACUCACGAGAGCGUCCAAGGAGCAAAACGAUGUGCUCGAGGCACGGCAAGCUCAAUUCGACGACAACAGGACAUCAGCAAAUUGCAUGUACUAUCUUUCGUCUAUGGCCGCCGUUGCAAGAUUAAGCCGUCCUUUGAAGGCCUUUGGAAUCAGACGGGAGGCACUGUCCAUUGCUCAACAAAAUAAGGAGCUUGUAUCCCAAGAAGCCAUGUCGAAGAUUCACAACGAAUUCUUGACAUCUUGGAUGAAGAGCUCUAGUCGAGAACAAGGUCGCUUGUACAUCCUAGGCAAGAGAAAGCAGUUAUUAGCAGAGCAGAAGUCCCAAGGCGAAGAUCUUGCAGCACUUUAUACUCUGUCUUCGUUAGCCACAGAUCUUUGCCACACUAGGUUCAAAGACAACGCUAUCAAACAGCGUACUAAGCUGCUUGAAAAGCAAUGCUCUUUAGUGGGAGAAGACAACCCCCGUACUUUGAGCAACAAGAAACGGCUUGCAUUGCUUCUCUUUGGUGGCAUACAUGGGGACAACAGCAGCUAUUCCCAAUCAGGGCGGGAAAAGGCCCUGGAGCUUAUGGAGCAAGCUGAAAGAGUCGAGACAAAUUAUUUAGGAAGUGCUCAUUAUCAUGUGCUGGUGAAUUGGCGAAAGCUCGUGGAUUGA